UCAGAGUACCUGUGUCAGGUGAUAUUUCGAUUUACCUGUAACUCCUGAGUUUUUGUUUCCUUCCCUGUGCUUAUAAGGUGUGGUUUGAUUGUUUUGUAUUUGGAAAAGUUUGCCCGUUUUGUUUUCCGAGUCAAAGACUAAGAUCUGUAAGAUCUAAUAAUUUCGCAUUGAGGAGAGAAUUUAUUUUGGUUGGGAAGUUCUACGGAACUUAAUUAGCUUCUGCAGGAAGUCAAGAGCAUCAACAAAGAGAAUGCCCUUGCUUCAGGGUAUGGCGUUGCUACGUCACAGACAGACACUCUGCACAGAGAAACGUGCUGUCUGUCCUUGAGUGAAUCCUUAGCCAUCAGGUGACACUAAGGUGAUGCCAAGAAAAACUGUGCUCAAAGCCACUCAGAUUUUCCUCUCAGAAAACGAUAAAGGGAACAAUGAGAAGCACAAGCACAUUGGCAGCAUGAGUACUCGGAAAGCUUCAGGUCGGUACAGUGAAGCGUUUACCUUCGUUAAAGACCACCCAGAACAUGAUGAUCCACACGACUGGUUGUCACUAGCAGACGUGAGCCAAGAUGACGCAUUCUCCUUUGAAGGCUGUGUGCAAUUGGAGAGGAGGUGGAUGCUCUGGCAUAAGUUUAUGAAUGAAUACUCUUGUUUGGAUGAUUGGUUGCGAUUGGCAGAGAAAUCAGCUGCUUCUCCAAACUCCAGCCAUGUGCUAUAUACCACAGCAAAAGAGGAACUGCAGAAGUUUGAGAGUCUGCGCACUGAGGCUAGGCUACGCUUGCCCCAGCUGGACAGCCUUAGCCAGACAAGUCACAUCCUGUUGAGGCUUUUCACGGGCUCUAUGAAAACCAGGCUGAUAGAUAUGACUGAAGAGUGUGGUCAGCGCUGGGACCAGCUCAGCACCACUUUGGAUACUGUGUGCCGUAGGUUGAAGUACUUUGUGGUCCAGCGGGAGGACUUUGAAAGGCAGCAAGAGGAAAUGGCCAUCUGGCUGGCUGAUAUGGAUCUGAAGCUGACUGAGGUGGAGCAUUUUUCUGAAAUGAACACCUGUGCCAAGAUGCGACAACUUCAGGGCUUCCAGGAGGCAGUGGCCGAAAGUGCAGGUCGACUAAAUGCACUGCUCCAGCAAGGGGAAGAGCUGAUCCAGAGAAGUGAGCCAGCUGAUGCCCAGGUCAUUGAGAGCCAACUACAGGAGCUGCUCCUGUAUUGUACUCGUGUCUUCCAGAGCCUAGGUCGUCUUCACACACGUCUUCUAAGCAUGAGGCUGGUGUUUGAGGAGGACUGGGUAUUGUGUCCAGACUCUGGCUGUCCCUCUGAGACAUUGCUGGAGGAGGAAAGUGUUAAAGACCAGAGCUUUGCACCACCAGUCCAGGGUAACCCCUCUCAGGUUUGCCCAGAGCAGCUGGUCCUGGAGUGGGAUCCGUCAGUGGACAUUGGAGGAUCUAUUAACCAUGCAGAUGCAGAUACUUCCUUCCUCAGUGCUGGUGCAGGGGUUUACAGCACAGAGGAGCACCUUAGCAAGGAUCCUAGGAGGAGGAGAGCUUAUCUGAAGAGAUCUGCAGAAUCAUGUCCAGCUGCUACUAUAAACUGUACACAACAGACGGUCACUAAAUGUAGCUUAGAUGUUAUGGCUCCACCCCAGACCCCUGUGCCAGCAGAUGCUGAUAGGCCACCAUAUGCUUCAUUUUGGAAGACAUCCACCCCAGACUCUCACUCCCCUCAGCCUAUCACUUUUAAAUCUGACCGUGUAAGUGCCUGGCUGGUCCAGACACCCCGGCUGUGCUCUAGAGCGGUCCAGACCGAGCAUGUACCACAGCAGUAUUCAAGGUUUUAUUCAUCGACAUCCAUGCAGGAGCACAAGGAGGAGGAGGUGAGAGAAGCUGACUAUCUGGAAAAUGUGCCUCUCAAGAGGCGCUCCUGCUCACCACACACCAAUAACAUGUGUUCCACCAAAUCAUGUGACCUUCAGUCUCACUCUGCCAAACGUUACCCAAGCCCACAGUGUAUGAAGGAGAGACUGAACUCCAAUGAUUCAAUGAAGGACAGCAGCUGCACUAAGACACACUGUGCCAACAAGGAACAGCAACACUGGUCAAUAAGGCUCCUAAAUCUGUUGGAGUUCCUGAAGUUCCCACUUCUGCUCUGCAUUCUACUUGCCCUAUUCGUGAUUUUGGUCAUCUGGCCCACCUCAGUGCUCCAAAACAACCAAUGCUACCAUUCCAACUCCCUUGCAAAUUCCUUUCACCUAGCUUUAUGCUAUGUCAAUGGACCACCUCCAACCUGAGGACUGCAGAGGCACACAGAGUACCAUAAACCCUGACGCUUUAAGAGAUAUUAAAGCAAAACAACAGGGGAAAAAGCCUACAGACAUUGCAACCAUAGGUUCUGAAAAGAAAAAUAAUUUCACAGAGUUUGGGUUAAAGGCUUCACACAGUAGGCUAGGUGUUAUUAGGCACUUUGGAAUUUGUAGACACAGUGUUUGGCUUGGAACAUUACAUUCAGUUAAAUUUUGAUAUAUAUAUCUUGAUAUAUAUUUUAUAUGUCCCUGGCAGUAGCAUAGGCUUUAUCAUUAAUGACACAGGCUUGGUUUAGUACAGGGAUAAAUCACUGGAAUUAUAAACAGUCAGUGUCUUAAUAUGGGGAUUGAAGAGUUGUAUACUGUGCUACCAUUUCACCCACUAAGCUAGAUAUUAUUUAUUACUAUUUUUAAAAGGAAAAUAAAUAAAUGAAUAAAUAAAUAAAGUUUAUUAAACUGCCAUUGUGCUGUGAAACUUUUGUGAAAAUACACUAUAGAAUCUGAAGGGCAGGUUAUGGUUUUCUGGCAUAAGAAGCAAAACCAAUUUUAUCCAUUUCACAAGACUUGCCUUGUGUUUUUACCAUUAAGUCUAUAAACUGUAAUAAUCCUGGAUUUGAUUUCAGCUGACUGGGCAUUCAGUCUUUCCCCAGCUACCUAAUAUAAUAUAAGUUUCUGUUAUUUUGCUACAUGAAUGAUAUGAGACAUCAAACCAUUCACCUUUAGAUUUCAUAACAGGCUAUAUAAUACACCUCCACUUUAGACUCUUAGAGGACUUCCUCUGGUAGAUCGGAUGCUUGAGAAAAUGAAGCACUUGGGUGAAGCACUAGCCUAUUCCAACACUUUGACAAAUAAUGGAUUAUGCCUCAUGCAAUGUCCAAUGUAGCCUUUACUGUGAAACAUUUGAGAGGCCUACACUGCAUGUUUAAACUGCAGGCUCAUUUGGUUUUUCCCUGUCUAACUUUAAACCUGGUUUUAGUGAAUUUGUGUGUUUAGAGCUCUAGCUUUUGCUGAAGAUUGUGGAUCUGAUCCGAAUUGGAACUGAAAAGAACAGAAUUUUUAUGUUGAGGUUUCAAGGAGAAAUGAGACUAUUAGAUUGGACUGCCGAUGUAAACAAAGCCUUAGGUGUUUGCGCAGUAUGUGUUACGCUAACAGCCUGGAACGACUUCACAAAGAACUUGAUAUUAUUAUAUAUUAUACUGCAGUAUGAAAAAUAUGUCUGAGGGAAAUUUCAGUGGGAAGUCUUACACUGACUUAAAGGAUCAGUAGUGUGGAGAUGUAGCAAAGCAUUAAGUAUCAUUUGCAUCAUGGGAAUAUGUUAUUAAAUUUAAAAUAUAAUUAAUAAAUGAAAAAAGACAGCAGUGGCUGUGAUAUGGAGUUAUACACUGUGAUUCUUUUUGGGGGAUAUAGGCAGUGUCGAGCUCUUUGUCUCUGAGUUAGUGAACACUUUGAAUAAGGGUUUUGUACUACGGCUGGAGAAAAUGGCAAAAAACAUUUCAAAUUGAAUUAUCUCACAAACAUUCUUGGAGCUGGAACUGAAGGCAUUUGUAGUUGGCCUUUCAACCCCAUAGCUAUCCGUUACAUGGGGAUGAACUGGGAAAAUAUGUGUAUAUAUUUUGAAUAUGUGUAUAUUCACAUUAAUAUUAUUAUUAUUAUUAUUAUUAUUAUUAUUAUUAUUAUUAUUAUUAUUAUUAUUAUAUACAAUAAUGUCAGUGAGGAGAUGGAAGACUAGGCAAAUAACACUUAACAGCAGUGCAAAACUGUUUUGUUGAAUUGUGUAGUUGAAAAAUAUUGUCUGCCCUCAAAUGACAUGAAGACACUUUUUAGAAAGAAAAUUGCUUUUUCCCCCUACAGAAAAAUUAUUAAAUGCAUCCGAAGUGAAAUGCUCAGUAGUAGGGGUUGUAAUUAAAUAUCAACAAUAACUGAUGCACCACUACCCUUUAUGUAACUAAAAUUAGUUCAUAAAUUUAAGAAAACCUGACUCUGAUUAGGAAGCUUUGCUCCCUCCAUUUUGAGAUGGUUACUAUGGAUUUACAUGAUAAGACUAUCUGUCUAUAACUGUCUAUGUCCUUACAAACAUUUCUAUGAUUUUGUUUCCAGCCAACGCAGCACGGUGGCUUAGUAGUUAGCAUUGUUGCCUCACAGCAAGAAGGUCCUGGGUUCGAUUCCUGGGUUUACUCUGAGUACUCUGGUUUCUUCCCACACUCCAAAAACAUGUACAUUACGUUGUGUGUGGUUGUCUGUCUAUAUGUGGCCCUGUGAUGGACUGGCGACCUGUCCAGGGUGUACCUUUGUAUCUCUGCUGCCUUUUACCUGGCAGAUCCCCAUAACCCUAAUUAGGAAUAAAGUGGGUAUAGACGAUGAAUUAAUGUUUACCAGCCGUUCAGUUAAAUGACCAUGUCAUAGAGCCAUUUUGGCUCUAUUUAAUAUAUAAGAAAUGUAAUUAUCAGUAACAUGCCUAAUUAUAAUACAUUGUGUGCGUCUCCACUGUGAGUCCCUAAAUCCUAAGUCAAAAUACAAUUAUGUGCUCUCUCCUUGAUCUAAAACUCUUGGGAACCUCAAUAACACUACAUGUAGUACUGCAGUACAUGUGGAUAGUAUGUCCCAUUUGAAUUUUUCAUUUUCUCAUUCUCUGCCAGCACCAAUGGGCUGAGGCACUAAAUAAACAUAAUGAGAUAGCAUUGUGCUAAUCGACAAAAUGGAUCACCAUUGGUCGGGACCUUGGCUCCCAACUACACCCCCCUCCGCAUGCAGCACAGUCCUGUCACAACAACAACAGUGAUCAGGAUUGACAGCCUGUGCACACAUAAAGAGAUUACGUAGAAAUCCCUUGGACGGUAUCCCUUUAGGACAGCAAACAUUUGGAUGGGCAUAACAGCUGUAACUCAGUGUUACAGUGUCAUAGUUAACACUUUAUAGCUAGGGGCUUGUUAUCCAAUCAGCAAAUCUAUAAAAGGUCAACGAGUCAUGCAGACUGCCCAGGCCAUCAAGCAGAGCAUUGGGAUAAAAUAUUGAAUUAUUUUGAACACAAAACCAUGGCCAUUCCCCACCAAAAAUUGCUUACCCAGCUGGCAGGGUGCCAUACCUCUUCGUGAUCACAGCUCACUGGAGCUAAACAGGUGCAUAUCAUCAUCUCAAUGUCUAUUUAAAUAGACCUGCCUCUGGUCAGAUCUCAGACCUGGUGUAAUCUCCUCUUUUUGGAACUGGGUUGAAAAAUUGGACUGAGAAAGUAAAGGGGGAAGUGAACAUACAAGACAAGCAAGUGUCUGUCGGGCAUGGUCUGGAUGAGAAUGAAGUAUUCUAGUGUCAUCUAUUUCACAUAUUGAGGCAGAAACCUAAUUACACCGUUUAAUGUCCCAUGGAAGUGCCAUUACCUAAAUGACUCCCCAAAAAAGGAGAGUGCAUUUCAACAGUGACUAUUUUCAGUCUAAAUGCUCAUGGAUGUCUCAAAUCUGAAUUAGAACAUAUUGUAUAUGUGCUGACUUUCUGCUGAGGGAGUAAGCAGCAUUUAAUUCCCCUACACCAAGCUCUUGCGUUGACAAUGACAGUAAGCUUGGCUCCCCCCAAGUCCCCCCUCCUGCUCUGCUCCCUGUCCUGAUUCAUGUGAAUGGAUCUUGUGAGAAUGUUUCAAGCUGGCAGCGCCACAGCAGAGAGCUUUAGCCCUUUCUCCCCUUAAACCUGCCUCUGUUGCUACAUGAUGCAUGCUUAGUUCUGUCAUCUAUUCACAUACUGAGUCACAUGGUUAGAGGUACAUAGUAAGCCAGUGCUUAGCGACUGUAGCUCUAUCUCCUCAUGGACCUACCUGAGCAUGAUGUUUACAACAGCAUGCUCUGGCACAUGUUUGUACUCACAUCCUCACGUCAGCGGCUUCUUAAAAUAAGAUGUCUACACAGCAGAUGAGAGUGCAGGAAAUGGACUUGACAGGCAUUGCCGUGAGCUUGACACAGCCUUCAGCUGAGCCUGUCAUAGCGGCAGCACCCAACCCCCACAUCACCCCGCUACUUACACACAAACACUGCCACCACACAUAAUAAGACACACAGCUCUUUCCCGCCAUUGCUUGGACCAUUCAUAACACCGGCAGCAGCUCUUCAUGUUGGACAGACAGUCAAUCCUGGGGCUUACAAAAAAUUAUGAGACAUGUGUUUACAGGCUCUAUGUUUGGCUUGUGCAGGCUACCAAGCUUUCUUGGUUUUAUCUGUUAGUGCUUGCUUGGGAAUUUUUCUGCUUAUGGUUACUUGAACACGAACAAGGGAAAAGUCUGUUGUCUGCUCAGUCUACACUGGUUGACUGACAUUGAAUUCCCAAUUGUCAGAAAAAAUAAUGCAUAUUUUAAUUGUUAAUUAAUAGUUAUUGUAAGGAGCAAAUAAAAUAACCUUGUUGCCAGAUUAAAGUUUGGUUAAUAUUAUGACUAGUAAACCACGAUUCUGGCAUGUUUUUAAUCUGAUCAACAAGCGCUAUGUUCUGGAUUUAAUAUUGUGUCAUGAUGGACAUGGGCAGUUUCUGAAACUGAAAACUUAUAUAGGAUCUGGCAUAUUACAUGAAUGAAAUGAUUGCAGCAGGCUUACAAGUCUGCCAAAAGGAUAUGCCUCUAACGUUGUCAUUUCUGUCAUCAGUCAGACACAAGAUGGCUGAUUCAAAAGCAGAACUCUGAGGGGAAACACAGACUCAACAGCAUCUUCAACUAGGAAAUGAAAACUCAACGCAUGAACACAUUUUCUUUUGAUACUCUAAUAAAAUAUUAAUCAUGAAACAAUGCAGCACACAUUUAAUUCUGUCCAGAGGGCAAAUUGCGCCUCAUAUUAAAAUGGAGACACAUCUGAUGUUGGCAUUCACACUAAAUGGUCUGUUUAAUUCCUAUUUCUUGCUUCACAGACUUAGUUUUGCUAUUAAAUAUCUUUAUCUUU